AUCCAACCGAACCGGUUUUUAUAUAUAUAAGCUUUAGGGUUUUUUUUCUCCAACACUUCAGCCGCAUCGUUCCUCUUCUCUAGGGCCAUAGAGAAACCAGUCCGCCAUUGCAGCGCUUAAUAACCUUUCUCCUCACUUUCUCUUUAUCCUUUGCCUCACUACUACGGAAUAAUGGCUGUUGAAGUUGAUGUGGCAAGCCAGGAACUGACCCAGUCUCAUCACGAUGUGAAGCUGUUCAACCGCUGGACCUUUGAUGACGUCCAGGUGAAUGACAUCUCUUUGGUUGAUUACAUUGGGGUUGCACCUGCCAAGCAUGCCACCUAUGUUCCCCACACUGCUGGGAGGUAUUCUGUCAAGCGCUUUCGGAAAGCUCAGUGCCCAAUCGUGGAGAGGCUCACAAAUUCACUUAUGAUGCAUGGUAGAAACAAUGGGAAGAAGCUUAUGGCAGUCCGGAUUAUUAAGCAUGCAAUGGAGAUCAUUCAUCUUCUAACUGAUCUCAACCCAAUCCAAGUUAUCGUUGAUGCUGUUGUUAACAGUGGGCCUCGUGAAGAUGCUACACGAAUUGGUUCAGCCGGUGUUGUUAGGCGUCAGGCUGUGGAUAUAUCCCCUCUGCGUCGUGUUAACCAAGCAAUCUAUCUCCUUACCACUGGUGCUCGUGAGGCUGCUUUCAGAAAUAUCAAGACAAUUGCAGAAUGUUUAGCUGAUGAACUUAUUAAUGCAGCAAAGGGUUCUUCAAACAGUUAUGCAAUCAAGAAAAAGGAUGAGAUUGAGAGGGUUGCAAAGGCUAAUCGUUGAGGUAAUAUGUCAAGGUUCAUUUUAUGUGACACAACAAGAGUUUUAUGUACUAUUUUUUUUGUCUCUGGCUACAUUCUUCUAAUGAACACUAUAGUUUAAGGUUCUGGUUUGGUUUCUUUGUUGUGACAAUCCAUAUCUACUUGUUUUAGGCUUUUGAAGUUGAACCAGCUAAUGCAUGAUCCGUUUCUUAAA